GACACACACAUACACGCCAUGUUCAUCCAUCAUAAAAGCUCUAUCCGAUUCAUGCCGACGCGACUCUGACGUGGCGACUUAAUUACUUGUUAAUUUCCGAUGUAUAUGUAUAUCCCACGUCACAAUUUGUUACUUACCGUAAUUUGAGAAUGACACAAAAAAUCACAGAAAAAAGAAAUAAUAAAAAAAAUAAACUAUAAAUCACUCACACGUGUUGUAUGAAUGGAGGCAUUGGAAGGAGGCGGAGGAGAAGAGGGUAAAAGUGGGACGAUCUCAUCCAUCGGGAUUCAUAUAAAUCUCUGUUGUUCGUGAUCCAAGUAAACCAUAAUUCUCCCCUUCUGAUCAUAGAGCUUUCUGGUAUUCAUUUCCUAUUUCUUUGCAGAGAAUCUUGCCACUCAUCAACCGCUCAUUCUCUCUCUUUCUCGCUGCUCGGGUAGUCUUGUUUAGGUUGAAUUUAGCUUUUCCAUUUCCCCAAAUUUCGAGCAAUGUGAUUGUGGAGAUGGUUUGCAGUCGAUAUCUUUGAGUUGGUAAUUCGUGCUGUAUUAUCUUGGAGUUGUCUAAAAGGGUUCUUACACAUGGCAAACAACGAAGGAUCGCCUCGAGAAAACAAUGUGACUGCAAAGCCUCCUCCCGAGCCUUCACCAUUGCGAAAAGCAAAGUUUUUCAAGGCAAGAAUGAGAAUCUUGGUUACUGGCGGAGCUGGAUUCAUAGGCUCGCAUUUGGUUGACAAGCUAAUGGAAAACGAAAACAAUGAGGUAAUUGUUGUCGACAACUACUUCACUGGAUCAAAGGACAACUUAAAGCAGUGGAUUGGUAAUCCACGUUUUGAGCUAAUUCGCCAUGAUGUGACGGAGCCAUUGUUGAUUGAAGUCGAUCAAAUUUACCAUCUUGCUUGCCCUGCAUCCCCUAUCUUCUAUAAAUACAACCCAGUGAAGACAAUUAAAACAAACGUGAUUGGGACACUAAACAUGCUGGGACUUGCCAAGCGAGUCGGAGCAAGGAUUCUGCUGACAUCCACAUCGGAAGUUUAUGGAGAUCCACUCGUGCACCCUCAGGAUGAGAGUUACUGGGGCAAUGUGAACCCCAUAGGAGUUAGGAGCUGCUAUGAUGAGGGGAAACGGGUUGCUGAAACUUUGAUGUUUGAUUACCAUAGGCAGCAUGGAAUCGAAAUAAGGAUUGCAAGGAUCUUCAAUACGUAUGGACCUCGGAUGAAUAUUGAUGAUGGUCGUGUUGUGAGCAAUUUCUUAGCUCAAGCUAUACGAAAUGAGCCAUUAACUGUCCAGUUGCCCGGGACACAAACACGAAGCUUUUGUUACGUCUCGGACAUGGUUGAUGGUCUUAUUCGGCUGAUGGAGGGAGACAACACAGGGCCAAUCAACAUUGGGAAUCCAGGUGAAUUCACAAUGCUGGAACUCGCAGAAACCAUAAAAGAGUUGAUUAAUCCAGAGGUGACCGUGGUUACGGUAGAGAACACGCCGGAUGACCCUCGUCAGAGGAAGCCGGACAUCACCAAGGCAAAUGAAUUGCUCGGGUGGGAACCGAAGGUCAAGCUGCGGGAAGGCAUUCCUCUCAUGGAGGAGGAUUUCCGAUCCCGGCUUGGGAUUCCUGGUAAGAACGACAACUGAAACUGAUCCCCCACCAACAGCUCCUGCAAUUUCAUUACAUUUGAAGAAAUCUUGAUGAAGGUGUUGAGGAAGGAGAAUUUGAAAGUGACAUGUUAUAGAAGAGUGAGUACAUGAAUAAAUUAUUGUUCUACGCUCAAGAUCAUUUUUUUUUUUUUUUGGAAAUUGUUAUGUUAUGAUCUUAUUAACACUCUCUCUCCAAUAAUAAUGACAAAAACAAAAUCAUUGUUCUUAA